AUGUCCGACGCCCUCUCGACUCGACCCCGCAAGGUGUGCUUUGUGACGAUUGGCGCGACCGCUUCCUUCUCAGCUCUGAUCCGCGCCACCGUCUCGUCGUCCUUCUGCCACUCGCUCGAACAGAACCACUACACAGACUUGAUCGUCCAGUAUGGCGCCGAUGGUGAUGACUUGUUCCACUCCCUGGUGCACGACUUAGAUUCGGACAAACAAGGGAGCACCAUCAACGUGUCUGGAUUCGGACUGGACACGAGCGGUCUUGGACAAUACAUGAAGCUGGCAAAGACGGGCGGAGACGGCAGCGGUGCAGAGGGCCUUGUCGUCAGCCAUGCUGGCUCAGGAACCAUUCUCCAUGCCCUGCGUGUCGACGUGCCGCUAGUCGUCGUGCCCAACUCGGAGCUCUUGGACAACCAUCAGGUCGAGCUGGCAGACGCCCUUGCUGAGCAGGAGUAUGUUGUCCACGGCAAGCUGGAAAACCUACCGCAAGCACUACUCGAUGCCGAAAAGCUACGACUCCGGCANAAGGUGUGGCCACCAAUCAACUCGGGCACCCAUCGACAGACCAAAGGCCUCGCUGGCGUCGUCGACGAAGAGAUGGGAUUUUUGGUUGAUUGA